CCGAGGCCUGUCACUGCUGCUCCUUGCCACCGAUACUUAAUUCUUUCCAUAUCUCGCCUCUCCCACCUUGUCCCACGCUCUCCCUCCACCUCAACAUCCUGGGAGAGCCUGAGCAAGCCACCUGAGGGACAAAACACAGGACAGAGUAGAGCAGGAUGGCGGCCAUUCCUCCAGGGAGUGAGACGCCACAGCAGGUGGAGGAGGCAGAGGAGGCGGCAGCAGUGGCAGAGUCGGCAGCGGCAGCAGCGGAGGUGCAGGAGAACGGUGUGAUGCCAGACGCUGCUUUGCCACAAGACUUGGUGUUUGAUCUACAGUUGGUGCUGGAUGGGUUUAGUGAGUGCCGAGGGGAGGACGGUCAGCUCUACCUCGAUGCUUACUUGCGGGCCUACAGUGAGCUCAAUAAGUUCCUUCAGCUUCUGGGGACAAUCUUCAACUUUGUCUCCCACGAUAUACAGAAGAAGGUGACAAUUCUGCAGUGCUACCGUAAGGGGGGUGCCGGUGACUACUACUACUCCAUCCAGUCCAUGAUAGAGUAUGAGCAGGAAAACAACCUCCUCACUUGCAACGACCCACAGUCCGGCUCCCGCACCCUGCUCAGGCUGCACCGGGGUCUGGAAUUCAUUUCGGGGUUCAUGGCGGAAAUCUACAAGGCAGGAGACACGGCCGGGCUUGGCAGCUCCACCUCGGACCUGUACAGCCGCACUCUGGCCAAGCAUCACAACUGGGUGCUGGCCAAGACUGUGGGUGCCGUGCUGCUCAUGAUGCCCAACAAGCAGACCAUUCUCGACAGGGUAAUCCUUGGAAGUAAGCCGAUGACCGGGGGAGUAGGAGCAGUGCGCGCUCACAACGAGGCUCUGAUGCCCAAGGUUAUAGAGGUUAUGAACUCUGUCUAUAACCUCACACAGAAGCUUUACGAAGACUAUAACAUCCUGGACUUGCCAUAAGCUGUUAGUGUGGAGAGUGGAGGUGUGGAGGAGGAUGUGGAGAUGUGGACUGUGAGUGUUCAUGUAGCUAGAGAUGAAUGGAAGGUGUGUGUGUGUGUGAGAGAGAGAGAGAGUGAGUGGUGACUUGAAUAUUGACGGAUGAACAGUCUAGAUAAGAGGAAUACUACUACUACCACUACAACUUAGCAGUGUAUUGAGGGAUGAACAGUCUAAGGUAAUACUACCACCACUACUACUUACACCCAUAUCCUGAAACACUUCCACACAGCACCUUCACUAUUUUCAAAGGGCUCUAGUUGAAGCGACAGGUUUUUAAAGGGUGUUUCUGUAAUUCCAAUGACAUGUUGACAAGUUUCCUGGCAUAUCAAUAGGACAAAUACUCUUUAAAACUUGGCUAAUGGUUUCUGUGGUUUUGAAAGUGGAGGAGAUAAGGAUGAGAGAGAGAGA